AUGCAUCUUCGAAGUGAUGAAGAACGGCUUUAUCGCAAGUGUUACUCUCACAUCCUCCUGUUAGAGAAUUCCUGUCGUUGUCAUUUUCAUGAUAAGGCUGUUAUCGCAUUGGCCUCCUAUCGACAGGAUAGUUGCGUUGACGAAUCUAAUUUACAUUCCAAAAAGCACAAGAAAGGCUGGAUAAAUGCUGCAAAGUCCAAUUCUCCACUAAUAACGCCGUUGGUCGUAAGGUCCACGAGGCUGCUGUCCCUGUUGCUGUCCAUUGUAGAACGCUGGGGGCGGCGGAGGAGCACCGCGCGGCAUUUGGUUGUAUCGUGGUUGCUGAGGCUGACCAUAAGGCACACUUGGUGGUGCCUGGGGCUGACCGUACGGUGCUCUUGGUGGCUGCGGUUGGCCGUAAGGUGCACUUGCUGCCUGCGCGUACUGCUGAUACGGAGCGUGUGGAGGGUACGGAGGCAAGUUGUGCGCACUGUAUUGCGGCGGCUGAGGCGGCUGGUAGUAGCCACGAGCAGGAACUUGUCCUUGCGAUACAGGCACUCCGCUGUAUGGAGGCAUGGGAGGUUGAGGCACUCCGUUGCCUCGGGGAGACGUGUAGUUCGUGUUGCCGUACGCCACAGGUCUCACCCCACCAAAACCACCAGGCUGCGUGUAUUUCGUCACUCCACCGUGCGGUUGUGUCUGCAUCGCAGGCAUAGGCGGCAUCGGAGGCUGCUGGGUAUAGCUGCGGCUCGAAGAAUUCUGUCUCGCGUGAUAGUCUGUAAAGUUUCCUCCACGUCCACCGCGUCCUCCGCGUCCACCACGAUCUCCACGUCCGCCGUAUGA